UAGGCUGUCAUUAAAUUAUUAUGAAUUAUCCACAUUUACCACCAAUCCCAUCCACCCCCCUCCCCCAUUAAACCCUAUAAAAGCUCUCAAUCCUGAUCGGCUUUUCAUCGUACAAAAUUAAGGGUCAUUUGUGUAGGCAACAAAGGGUUUCAGUUCAAAGAUCAGAUUUAAAUCAUGGGAAUUUCUCAACUUGCUCUACUUUCGUUUCACUCCGAUGGUAUCCAAAGAAAUGAGGAAACGUCCCACUCCAAUGGCUCCUUAUGGAGCAAACUGUUGGAAGCAAAGGCCAAGAGAAGAUUGAAAGCAAAGAAACAAAGAAAGGGCAGCAGAAGCAGAAGUAUUUUAAUGAAGAGAAGGGCAGUUGGAGAAGGUUCUAGAAGGCUGGUCGUCAGCCCAAUCGUAAAGAAGGUGAAAACGCUGAAGAAGCUGAUUCCCAACAACGGUUCCAUGGGGUUGGAUGGGCUUUUCAGGGAUACAGCUGAAUAUAUAUUGUCUUUGCAGAUGAGGAUCAAAGUUAUGCAGAUUAUGGUUAAUGUAUUGACAGAUUCUGACGAGUGAAUAGAUGAUAAUGUUCAUUUGUAAAGGCUGAUUAUAUAUAUGUAUAUCAUAUUCCUUUCUUCUUUUA